AUGGACGAGAGAGAAAUUCAGGAAAUGGUGAAGGCUGGGCUAUCGCACUCAACCAUAAGUUAUAUACUUCGAAGAAGACAUCCUGGAGUCAAAGGUUUUUCUGAACGAUCCGUUAGACGAUUUUGUCAUGAGCAAAACAUUCAUUAUCGUUCUGCAUUAUCUGACUUUGACAUGAGGAUGGUAGCCCAGGCAGCUGUUAGAGAAGUUGGUCCAGCGUACGGAAGAAAGAUGAUGAAAGGGUAUCUUCAAGCAGGAGGACCUAGAGUUGGUCACAAACGCAUUGGACGCAUUCUAAGACCAGUUGCUCCUGGAUAUCAUGGAAGGAGGCAGCACCUAGCUCAUCGGCAAAUAAAUCCUGUGCCUUACUACGCUCAAUAUCCUGGACACAAAAUGCAUAUAGAUCAAAAUGAGAAGCUUGUUAUGUAUGGAACAACACACGUUCUUGCCAUAGACGGUUACAGUGGUUUUAUUUUUGGUCUAAUUACUAUCCCAGACAAGAACAACCUUAUAAUUUAUAAUCAGCUUUUCAGACUUAUACUUCAGCAGUUUGGGUUAUGGGACCAGAUUCGCGUUGACCAUGGGAGAGAGUUCUAUCUUCUUCUGUAUGUGCAGGAACACCUAAGUUAUCUAAGACGAAAUCAAAUGAGAGCACCUCAUGUGCAGUCUAUGUCAAGAGAGAAUCAUCCUGCUGAAAGAAUUUGGGUAGAAGUCAAUCAAAGAGUGAAUUACCCGAUAAAAAAAGCUCUCGAUGCUCUAGUAGAGGUGGACCAGCUGAACAUGAAUGACCCUAUUGUUAGAUUUUGUUUGUCCUGGAUAACAAUGAGAGUGUGUUAA